GGCGACGCCGAUCGGCUCCCCGCGGGAGCGGCCGGGCACUCUGCCGUUGUCCGAGUGGGCGCCCGCGGCCUCGCCGCCGGCCGCGGUGCGGCGCCCGGCGUUCAUGCCGCCGCUGAGGGACGACGGCCCGGCGCCCAGCCCCGAGGGCUCCCCGGCAGGGGCGGACUACCAGACGCCGACCAGCGCAGGAGUUGCUGCACUUCUACCACCAGGCUCUCGGCCGCCGCCGCAGAUCGCGCAGUUGGACGCGACGACUCGGUGGCCGAGGUCAGGCGCGCCCGACCGCCUCCGAAGAGGGGGGUCCCGUCGCGUCGCCGUGCAGGAAACUAGUCUACUGGUGCCCGCAGGCACCCCUUGGAGGGCAAUCCCUCCCCACAGGGGCUUGCCUCGGGGCCCGACGGGGGCCCUCCCUCCUGCGGAGGCCUCUCGUUUCAAAAUCACGGAUGUUUUCACGGCCACGCUGCCGUCGCAGGGAUGAGUUUUAUCCAGGGUGAGCCUGCUCAGGUAGGCCUUUGACUGAUAGCUUGACAACGUCCCCAGCGGUUCAGAUC